UUUGACAUGCCACUGUACACGUUGGCUCUUCUCUAUUGAACUGCAAUGAAUGUGAUGGCGCGUUUAUCACCUCACCCCUAUACAUUAAUGACAUUUACUACUUUGCCAUUCACCUCAACUCUUCUUCUCUUAUCCCAAGAAAACCAAAAACACUCUCUCUGUUGUUUUUUCUGGGCUUGCUUCAAUGGGUUAUGCGGAUUUCUCGGCCUCAUUUCAAAUCUCGUGAAUUUCAAAGCUCAUUUUUUGCUUUGCUUCUUCUUCAAUCCACAGGUAAACACAACAGCAUUGUUUUGUGGGCCAUUAGAAAAUCUUUAGCUGCGUAAGCGUUUUGAUACUUUUUGAGUGAUGGAUGGGCGACGGCAUUCAGUUGAUGUUCCUAUAUCGAGAGCGCUGGUUGCACUUAGAAGAGUGAAGUCACUUAGGGAUCCAACCACUAAUUCGAUAAGCAAGUUCUCCGCAAUGGUUGAUAAGAUGAAUUGGGAUACAAAUUCAGGUAAUGCUAUUACUUUGGGAUUUGAGGAUAGACAGGAAGUAGGGUAUAAUGAUGACAGCGCUCUGCGGCCAAAUGGCUCCGUUUUGUAUGCCAACGGGGAUGAAUAUGUAGGUGGUCAGGUACUUAACUGCAAUAUGGGGAAUUGCAAAUCGCCGUUGGUUUCCCCUCAAAUGGAUCAUUGGAACGAUAAUGUUGAAUUGUGUAAUGUACGACAACCAACUGACAUAGAAAGAGGAAAUAAAUCAUCAAGUAAAAGGUUAGGUCACUCUUAUGGGGAUAAAGGAAUGGCAAUGGCUUGUACAACACCUUCCAACGCCUGGGAGGAGGGCAUUGGUUCAAGUAAAGAAUCAAAUGACGGAGCAGUGCAGGCCAAAGAUGUAGUUUAUUAUGGAACAAAGAAGAAAUGCAAACAUAGAAAACAUACUAGAUCUUCUAGAACAGCAGCUGGUGAUGUUUUGAGUCGUGUAGGUAGUCCCUACUUUUCUGUAAGUGAUGCUCCAAACGGAAGCUCAAACCAUGCCAUUUCACUGUAUGGAAAUGAAGAUGUUGACGAUGUGGAAUCUGAUCCUGGUGGAUGUGGAAUUAGCUCCUGCUGGUUAGGCACCCCUAGGUUUAGAGAAUCAAAUCCGCUUACAUAUAUGGAAGAGCGACCUCUUCUGUCUUCAGGAAUUGAUGAGACACUCUUAGCUGUACAAAGAAGAAGCUGGAUGCAUGAUAACAAUGGAGUUGCUUCACAUUCAGAAAGUCCUAGAAGUAUCAGUCAAAAGUUCAGGCCAAAAUCAUUCAGUGAAAUGGUGGGACAGAAUGUAGUAACAAGGUCUCUGUUGAACGCUAUCUCAAGUGAGCGGAUUAAUCCAUUCUACUUGUUUCAUGGUCCUCGUGGUACAGGAAAAACAUGCGCAUCAAGAAUUUUUGCUGCCGCAUUGAACUGUCUUUCUCCUGAUGCUGAGAGACCAUGUGGCCUCUGCAGAGAUUGUGUUCUGUACUUCUCAGGAAGAAGCAAGGAUGUUAAAGAAGUGGAUUCCUUGAAAAUCAAUAGAAUGGAGAGAAUUAGAUUGCUUAUCAAGAAUGCUGUGUCGCCUCCAGUUUCUUCCAAAUUUAAGGUUUUUAUUAUAGAUGAGUGCCACUUAUUGCGAGAGGAAACAUGGACAAGUAUUUUAAAUCACCUGGAAGAGCUAUCUCGGCAUGUGAUCUUCAUAAUGAUCACCCCUGACCUUGAGAAGCUGCCUCGUACUGCAGUAUCACGGUCCCAGAAGUACCAUUUUUCCAAGAUAAAAGAAGUCGAUAUUUCGAACAGGUUACGCGAAAUUUGUGAGGAUGAAGGAAUCACUUUUGAUCAGGAUGCUUUAGAUUUCAUUGCUUGUAAAUCAAAUGGCUCACUUCGAGAUGGGGAGAUAAUGCUCGAGCAGCUAAGUUUGCUUGGGAAAAGAAUAACAACACCAUUGGUGUAUGAGCUAAUUGGAGCUGUCUCUGAUGAUGAGUUGCUGGAGUUGCUGCAUCUGGCGUUGUCAUCCGACACUUCAAAUACAGUUAAAAGAGCCAGAGAGCUAAUGAGAUCAAGAAUAGAUCCCAUGCAACUAAUAUCGCAGCUAGCAAAUCUAAUAAUGGACAUUCUUGCUGGAAAAUGUCAAAUAAGUGCUUGUGAAGGUAAAGGCGGGGUAUUCUGUGGACCCCUUUCUGAAGCCGAGAAACAGCAACUUAGUCAUGCACUCAAAGUACUCUCUGAGACGGAAAAACAAUUGAGGAUGUCAAAAAAUCAAACAACAUGGCUGACUGCUGCACUUCUGCAGUUAAGCUCAGUGGGAGCUUUAGUCGACGCCAAAGAUGGAAAUUCGUGCAUGAGAACGGUAUACCAACAAGAUCCUGAUGGUAAUCCGUGUAGUACAUCAUCAACAAGUGAGAGUUUGAAGCACCUUUCAACUUGCGCAUGUGAAAGCAUUGAAUCUUGCAAAAGAGGAAUGCAGGAUGAUAAAGAAACUCUGUCAUCUGUAUGGAAUAAAGCUAUUGAAAUGUGCGAAUCCAAUUCACUUGCAAACUUUUUGAGAAGACAAGGGAAGUUGUCAUCAAUUCGUCUUAAACAAGGUUUGGCAGUUGCUGAACUGGAGUUCUAUUGCCCCAAAGACAUAUCAAAGGCUGAGAAAUCAUGGAAACCCAUUGCAAAUGCGCUUCAGCGAACACUAUGCUGCAAUGUGGAAAUCAGAAUCAAUCUUGUUCCUGGCUGUUUCCUCAAAAAGUAUUCCAGAAUGAAAAGGCUGACUUUUAGACUUUUUAAUUGUUCACGUGGCAAGCCUUAUAAGUCACUUUCCAAGAUGGAAUGUAAAAGUGAUCCAUCAGAGAACUCCGAUUCUGCUUCUAAAAGAGUCAUAAUGGUGGAUAAAGUUGUUGAAACAUGUUCCUCUGAGUGUUUUUCUCAAAACUCUCAAAUAUGUUGUCAUGGCAAAGAAAUUAUGACCAUAAGAACCAGUGACGGAAAUGCGCUAAGCAUUGGAUCAGAUACACCUCAGAUAUUAUUGACAGAUGGUUCCCUGCUAACACAUCAGUUGGAAUCUUGUUUGAAAGAGGGAAGUACUUGCAGAUGCCGGGAUUCAUUUACCAUAGAGUCGGAGAAAAAACCAAGCUGUUUUCCUAGAACAGUAGGACUUCUAAGGAGAUCAAGUUCAUCGAAUGCGUCUCAUAUGACUUUUUCGAUUACCCAACCACAAAACAAUUUGGUUUUAUCCAUUCCCAGCAAAACACCUUGUCAAAACCACAUUCCUUGCAGCAGUUCAAACAAUCACUCUUCUGGGAAUACAGACUUUUCCAAGGAGUCAAGGUCGCGAUGUUGGAGAUCAGCUCUGUUACCCUUCAGGAAGGCUUGGCAGCUGAAACAUCAGCAUGAAAAUCCACACCAAGAGUGGAUUCUACCUUAUUCUGCUGCAAACUAGCAAUGUGGAAUAACAUGAACAGUGAAAACAAUUGAGAGUGCAACAUAGCUUUCAGAGAUUUACAUGAUUAAGUAUUUUGGUUAUACUUAGCACUAACAGAAGUUAACAUACAUGGUGCUUCACCGUAGCCCUCUCCAGUGAAACUAUUGAAUUUAACUCUGUACAUAGAGCCAGUACUUCUCAAUCCCCAAACACAACGAAACGUAGUCUGAAUGAAAUUGCACUUAUGAAGAUAUAUUGAUAUCCUCUACUAUGUUGCUUAACAUAGUUUGGCACAAUUCAAUUGUUCAAUGCAUAAGUAGUUGUAGCUUCUUCUCUUUGUUCUGUUGGGUGAAAUAUUAUUCUGGACUUUGCCUGUAAAUCAAGUGAUGGCCCCAUGAAACCCGGUA